CAGCAAUAUCAAUAUCUGCACUUAGUCCUUCCUGUGGCUCAGUUGUCUUUUCCAGUUCAGCAUUUUCCACUUCCAACAACCCCAUUAAGUUCGACCGCAUUAAGUUCGACCGCAUUAAGUUCAUAAGUAGUCUCUUUUUGACUCAACUCAAGAAAACCAGUUUGAGAAUCUCUGGCUGAUCCACAUAUACACCUUCACUCCCGUAAAUUUCGUGUAAACCAGCUUCAAAGAUGUUCUUGCGAAUCUUGUUGCCAGUAUCUGAAGUCAUUAUCGAGUUUGUGGAAGAUAAAUUUGCUCCUGACAGAAAGAAAACAACCAAUAUAAGCAGAAGUUUGAAAACACCUUUCAAAUUCCAUUCCUGAUCCACAACCUCCUCUUCCAUUUCUUCUUCAUCAUCCUCAACACUAUCCACCGCAUCUUCAUCAUUCUUCGUCUCCAUGUUAUGUUUUUCAGGCAUAUGAGGAAUCUUCAGCUUGCUGCAAUGACUCUUGAUUAUCAUUACAUUUCUGAGGGUCAAGAAAUGUCCCACUUCGUCUGUUUGGUUUGUAGCAUAGAUACUUAGGCCUAGGGCCGAGGUCAUUAGUGAGAGAGUCAUAUGGCUUAAAUGAGGACUCAACAACAGAGUUGUUUUCUUGAUCAACUCUAGGAAGAACUGGGUAAUUUUCCAGAACGAUGAGAGGGUGAGUUUAGGGAUUUUGUUUUAGACCCAAGAUUUGAGGCUUUGUGAGAAAGGCUUUCACAUGAGCUGGCAAUUUCAUUCCUUUCUGCCAAAAUUUUCUUUCUAAUUGGAACUGAAGCUUUGGAAGAUGCAGAUAUGGUGGGUGACAUGAAAUUCUUAGUCAUGGGUUUCUGGUCAAGUGGUUGCUCCUUUUCAUUCGUUUCUCUUGACCCAGAAAGCGAGUGAUUUGGAACUGUAGAAGGCUUAGCUUUUCUCCUUCACUUCUUUCGCUUCCUCUGUGUGUAUUAUCCGUUGCAUUUCUUGGUGUUGUUAUUUUCUGCUGCACUGUAUGAUGGAAAACCAGUCGCUUUGUGAUGAUAACAUGAAGGAGGAGGGGGAGGAGGAAGCAGAGUAUGUAUUGCUUGAUCUGGAUGGCCUUCCUCCUGAAGUUCACAUACCCCCAAAUGCACCAUAUGUUCUCUCGGGCCUAGACACAUUGAACCCCAUCUUGACCAUUGAUGGCAAAAUCAAGCUGAUUGGACAGUAUGAUGAGACUAUUGGGACAUGCCUUGUUUUUAAUGAAAGUGAUGACCCUCCGGUAGUCCCUGAAGACGCGGGGCCUUCUGAAGCUAACCUUUUCCCAGGAAGACACAUGUCAGAUCCUAAGCAAACCAAGUCCAAGCAAAUCAUGCCUGUAACACUGCUUCAAAAGAUACUCAAGUUCAGGUUGUUGGAGGAUUGUGAAGCUGAAGAUGCAAGAGAGAAGCCAAAAGAAGAUUAAGUAACUGAGUUUCUUAGUAAAUUAGAAGAUACUUAACUAUGUUUGAGAAUGUAUAGGGUAGUCAAAACAGAGCCAUUCCGACAUAGCAAUGAUGUAGCAUGAAUAGUACUAGCAUUAUCUUAUUUCUACUAUAUAGAAGCAUCGGUUUAGAUCCGGAUCGACAUGUGUGCUUUGUGCUAUUAAAUUUCAAAUUGAGGGUGCUUA